AUGCAACAAGAACACGAGCACCAUCGGUUGCUCGACCUCAGCUCACACCACAACCAAACCCACGACGACUCCUCCUCCUCCUUCGUCGGACAGGCAGACAACUCCUCCCAUCAUCACCAUCAUCAUCAACCCAUCACAACCACCCCCAAGUACACAAGGCGCCAACAGGACCGGACGACACAACCCUCACUAUGGAACACCAAGGAGUUUUACGUCUACUACCUCGUCUUCAUGUUCUGUAUCCCCUACAUGUUCAGAACUGCACACGACGCCAGUUCAGUCGAUAACCCCAACUACGAAAAGUACCAGCAUCUGCUCUCGGACGGGUUCUUUGGAUAUAAGCUGGAUAACAGCGAUGGUCAAUGGAGAGGAUUCAGGAACAACCUCCCAACACUCUUAAUUGUCGUCUCGAUCUACAUCCCCCUCAGCCACCUCUUCACCGCCUUCUUUGUACCCUCCAAAACCACCAACAGCCUCAAAUCCCCGCAACAACCCCUCGUCCGGACCUACUUCUUCCUCGCCUUCUCAGCCAUCUACCUCUACUUUAUGUACGGCAACAGUAUCCUCAAGAUCAUGCUUAUUGUCUCGACUAAUUAUGCGAUUGCGAAACUGGGACGGAAUGCGCGCUGGAUGCCGGUGGCGACUUGGGCGUUUAAUAUUGCAAUUUUGUUCUUGAAUGAGGGGUAUAAGGGGUACAACUUUUCUGAUGUCCAUGAGGCCCUGACCUGGCUGGACGACAAUACGGGAAUGGAUCGGCGGUGGGAUGUGCACUUCAACUUCACGAUGCUCCGCCUCGUCUCCUACAACCUUGACUACUACUGGUCCUUCAACUCUGACCACGAGCUCGCCCUGGAGGAUCGCGACAGGACGCCCAGCAAUGACAAGGAACGUGUGUCCCAACCAGCCUUCGCAGGAGACUAUUGCUUCACCUACUACGUCGCCUUUGCCCUCUACGCCCCUCUUUAUGUUGCUGGACCUAUCAUGACAUUCAACGACUUUAUUUCCCAGCUGCGGUACCCAAAGACAAUCCCAACAAAGACCCUUCUGAUGUGGGUCGCCCGCUUGAUCUUCUCCCUCCUAACCAUGGAAUUUGUCAACCACUACAUGUACAUGGUCGCCAUCUCCAAAACUCAAGCCUGGGACGACGACACCAUCCUCCAAAUCGCCAUGAUCGCCCUCUUCAAUCUCGUUCUCAUCUGGCUCAAACUCCUCAUCAUCUGGCGCUUCUUCCGGCUCUGGGCGCUUCUCGACGGUAUCGAAGCUCCCGAGAAUAUGAUCCGUUGCUGGGGAAGCUGGCCAUACUACAGACACCUCUGCGCGGUGGGGGCCGUCGGAAACAUCCUCCUAAUGAUCACUGCAAACCUGGUCGGAUUCUGCACAGGCCUCGAGGGUACCAAGAUGCUGAUCGCCGAGAUGUUCUCUUCUACCCAAGGAUACAUUACUCUCUUGGGCUGCUUGGGCGCGAUAUUUGUCUGUGCUCAAAUCCAGUUUGAGGUUCGAGAAUCCGAGAAGCGUCGUGGUCUCUUCUUGAACUGUUAG